CAGAGUCGGAAGCAGGCUCCAGGCUCUGAGUUGUCAGCAAAGAGCCUGACGAGGGGCCCGAACUCACAAACCAGGAGAUCAUGACCUGAACUGAAGUCAGAUGCUUACCCAACUGAGCCACCCAGGCAUCCCUCUGCCCACUCUGUUUAUUAAUCAUGGUUCCUAGGGCUUCAGCUUCAAUCCUCUCCUCCCCUCCUGCCUCUCAUCAUUUUUUCUCCCUGCUCCUGUGAUCUAUCUUGUUAUCUUCUAGCACGUUCAGAGUGCCCAGAUCAGUCCAAGACUUUGAUGGAUGCCCGUACAACCAGCAAGAGCCAGUUACAGGGGGCAUUAGAAGUCAAACAGGGACUGCACACUUCCAACCAGGUGGCUCUUUCUCACCUUCUGUGUUCUUCCCAUCCUUGUCGCUGCUGGUCACCAUCCCACAGACCUUCAACUCCAUGGAUAUGUCAAGCCCCAACUCUCUCCAGCUCAGUGAAUGGCACCAUCAUCUCCCAGUUACUCAUGCCAAAAACCUGGGAGUCAUCUAUGCUUUUGUACACAAUGUUCCCUCUGGGCCUGGCACACAGUAGGUGCUAAUAAAUGUCUCUUGAACUGAACUUAAUUCAGUUUUCUCUCUUGGACUCCCAUCUGCCUCUGUCUGUUUCCCUGGGACUUGGUGUCUCUGGCAUUCAAUCUUUAAAUCUCUAAUUUUUCUCUGUCUUCUCAAUCACUACAAUUGAGUUUCUGAGGGAGAAGCUGGGGCUUCUUUUUUUCCCUCUGUCCCUGCCCCAGGGAAUCACAGGCUCGCUGGAAAUGGAGCUGUGGGAGAUGAAGGGAGGAAACCAAUCUUGGGGCCAUGUGGCCCUCAGUCCUAUUUGGAAAUAGGGAAGCAGCUCUACAGCAGCAAGGAUCAAGGUCAGACUCUGGGCUGGCACUGGAAGGAGACAAUCCUUUGAAGACAUAUGCCUUCUAUGAAGAAUUGGGGAGAAAAGGAUCAAGACCCACUGGAGUGGGAGGAAGGAAUCCAGCCUUGUCACAUCAUCCCAUCCCCUUGGUUUUGGAAGUCUUGGAAAGAGUUGGUCUGGAGAAGGAGGACAUUGAUGUGCUCAGUGUACGGCCAGUGGUGAAGAGAUGGCUGCUCCUGUCCCGUGGGCCUGCUGUGCUGUGCUUGCUGCCGCCACUGCUGUUGUCUACGCCCAGAGACACAGUCCUCAGGAGGCACCCCACGUGCAGUAUGAGCGCCUAGGUUCAGAUGUGACUCUGCCGUGUGGGACAGCAAACUGGGAUGCAGCGGUGACGUGGAGGGUAAAUGGGACAGACCUAGCCCCUGACCUGCUCAACGGCUCUCAGCUUGUGCUCCAUGGCUUGGAACUGGGCCACAGCGGCCUCUAUGCCUGCUUCCACCGUGACUCUUGGCAUCUGCGCCACCAAGUCCUACUACAUGUCGGCUUGCCGCCGCGGGAGCCUGUGCUCAGCUGCCGCUCCAACACUUACCCCAAGGGCUUCUACUGCAGCUGGCAUCUGCCCACCCCCACCUACAUCCCCAACACCUUCAAUGUGACCGUGCUGCAUGGCUCCAAAAUUAUGGUCUGUGAGAAGGACCCAGCCCUCAAGAACCGCUGCCACAUCCGCUACAUGCACCUGUUCUCCACCAUCAAGUACAAGGUCUCGAUAAGUGUCAGCAAUGCCCUGGGCCACAACGCUACAGCUAUCACCUUCGACGAGUUCACCAUUGUGAAACCUGACCCUCCAGAAAAUGUGGUAGCCCGACCAGUUCCCAGCAACCCUCGCCGGCUAGAGGUGACUUGGCAGACCCCUUCAACCUGGCCUGACCCUGAGUCCUUUCCUCUCAAGUUCUUUCUGCGAUACCGACCCCUCAUCCUGGACCAGUGGCAGCAUGUAGAGCUGUCAGAUGGCACAGCGCACACCAUCACAGAUGCCUAUGCUGGGAAGGAGUACAUCAUCCAGGUGGCGGCCAAGGACAAUGAGAUUGGGACAUGGAGUGACUGGAGUGUGGCCGCCCAUGCCACGCCCUGGACUGAGGAGCCACGACACCUCACCACUGAGGCCCAGGCUCCGGAGACCACGACCAGCACCACCAGCUCACUGGCACCCCCACCCACCACGAAGAUUUGUGACCCUGGGGAGCUGGGCAGCGGCGGAGGAACCUUGACACCUUUCUCAACCGGCGUCCCUGUGACCCUGGCCCUGGCCGCUGCUGCCGCCACUGCCAACAGUCUCCUGAUCUGAGCCCGGCAUCCCGUGAGGACAUGCCAGCGCACCUGCAGAGGAGCAGGAGGCCGGAGCUGAGCCCGCAGACCCCAAUUUCUAUUUUGCACACGGGCAGGAGGACCUUCUGCAUUCUCUUCAGACAUAAUUUGUAGAGACCCCGGCAGGCCCGGGCCUGCCGCCCCCUAGCCCUGCCACACCACACUGGCCCUCCUCCCUCCCUCGGGAGAGGAGGACCUUGCAGCCAAUCCAUCCACCAAAGACCCACCCCUACCCCCACCCUGGCCCCUUGGGCUGGAACCUCCAACGCCAGCGACUCCCAGGAGCCCUUGGGGGGGGUUCUGAGGGGAUCCCCUCACAUCCAUAAUUUCUCCUCCUGCCCCAGCCUCCUGUCUGUCCCAGGGUCUCUGUUGCCACCAUCAGAUUAUAAGCUCCUGACACUGGGGGGGGCCCAGCCACCCCUUCCCCCCAGUGCCCACACUUUUUCACUCCCCCACCUCUGCCCAUUUUGUACGGCCCUCCCCUUUCCCUGUUCCUACCCCACAGUAUUUAAUGCCCUGUCAGUCCCUUCUAGUCUGACUCAAUGGUAACUUGCUGUAUUUGAAUUUUUUAUAGUUGUAUAUACAGGGGUGGGAGGGUGGGGGGGUUCUCAUUAAACGUCACCAUUUCAUGA